GGUAACCGCGGUGGGGGUUGCGUAGUGAAACGUGCGCACCAAUUUAAAGAGGUUAAGUUGUUGUGUUUUGUUGACCACGUGCAGAAACCGAUAAACCGCAGCCCGUUUUAAUCAUGACGAAGAAAUCGCUGAAAAGAAAGCGCAGCGAGCCGGAAGAAACGAAGGAAAACGAAGAAACACCUUUGCCAGCGGUCCGACAAUCCGACGAACCGGUCGCCAAAAAGUCGAAAUGGAUAAACAAACAGAGGGUUUUGAUAUUCGCAACCAGGGGCAUCAGCCACAGGGACAGGCAUUUGAUGGAGGACAUAAAGAAACUGAUGCCACACCAUAAACCUGAGGCAAAAAUGGAGAGGUCGAAAACACUGUCUGUUAUUAAUGAAAUGUGUGAGAUGAAGAACUGCAACAAAGCCUUAAUGUUUGAAGGACGUAAGAAAAAGGAUUUGUACAUGUGGCUUUCUAACAUUCCCAAUGGACCAAGUGUGAAAUUUUUAAUUGAAAACAUUUACACCAUGGAAGAAUUAAAAUUGACUGGUAAUUGCCUAAGAGGUUCAAGACCUUUGUUGAGUUUUGACCCAACCUUCAAGGAAAAGCCUCACUACUCACUAUUGAAGGAAUUAAUUACACAAAUAUUUGGGGUACCCAGACAACACCCCAAAAGUCAACCUUUCUUUGACCAUGUUUACACAUUUUCAAUCCUGGACAACAGGAUUUGGUUUAGGAAUUUUCAAAUAUUGUCUGAGGAUGGAGCUUUAGCAGAAGUGGGGCCUAGAUUUGUUAUGAACCCAGUAAAAAUAUUUUCGGGUAGUUUUGGUGGAGCAACCCUGUGGGAGAAUCCAAGUUAUAUAAGUCCUGCAAGAUACCGACAACAAAUAAGAAUCAAUGCUAAAAAUAAGUAUUUGGACAGGAUGCAACAAAAGGCACAUGCUGAAGCAACUAAACCUACAAAGGAUACAUAUAAGUUGACUCCAUAUCAGGACAUUUUUGAAGGAGAUGUCCUCAAGAAGGCUAAAGAAAUUGAACAGGAGAAGCAGCAGGCUGAUGAAACAGAGGAGAAGGAGGAACAAAAAUCUCCCAAGCCAACCAAGAAAGUAAAAAAGGUAAAGAAAACUUUUUCAAAGAAAGUUAAAGCAAAAAAGUAACUUAAAAAUAUUCAAAACAAGAUAAACUGUAAUAUUUUAUAAUUUUAUUGUUAUUAAUAAAAUGCAUUUUAUUAUUA